GUUACAAGUUCGAAUCUUGACAAGCAGGUUAAAAAGUUGAAAAGCCAAAAAAUUAUUUCGUUCACUAGUAUAAUAAUCCCUAUUCUCAGUUCAACAGGCUCACACAUUUCCGCAAUUCGAACUUCAGACAAUGGCAUUCUACGGCCACGUGACCGACUCCGGGGAAUUAGUCCUGAAAGACGAGUCCUUCACCAGCAGAACUCGCAUCACGCGAUCUUCCUCUUCCAGCGACUCGCCAAAUUCGAUCUCUUCCCCGGACUCGCUCCCCCAAAACACCAGCACACGCACUUACUCCUUAAAGAACCUGAGUGGCAAUCCUUCGCCCCACUCCGCGGGCAACUGGUCGGUCUACGACGGCAUAAAGAAGUCGGACAGCCGGAGCAACUUUGUGCCCUCUCUGUGCCUUGGCUCCCAGGACAGCUCCCUGAACUACCUCAAGCACAUAGAUGGAAUAAAGAUGGAUCGCGAGCCGGAGGCGGCCUUUGAAAGCUGGUACUCAGCGAAGCAGCGGCAGCGCCUGCUGAGGCAGAAGCGACUGAAGCAGAUGCAGGACGCCAACUUGCAGCAGGUGGAGGAGCGCAAACAGCUGGCCCGGAUGUGCUACGACCAGUGGCUGAAGGAUAAGGCUCGCCAGGCGGCGAACCUGCAACUGCAGACACACCUCCAGACUGCUGCCAUGAAGGCCAGCUUUGCUCUGGGAAAGGAUCCCUUGCUGUCCACAUGCUCGUCAUUGGGACCUGGUUCAAAAUCCUCGGCCGCCAGGCCUAUGCGCAAGGUGUCCCAGGACGAAAUCCGCAAGGUCGUGGAAGACUGGUGGCUGAAGAAGCAACGACAGCAGCAGAUGCAGCGCGAGGAGAAACGUCGCACCAUGCUCUCCAAGGCGCUGGAAGAGGAACGGCGCAGGCGACUCUCUCAGAUUGCCUGGGAAAAGUGGAUUAGCAACGUGGACGCGAAGCCCAAGCCAGUUCCCCUAAAUCAGGGCCUGGACUCUCUGCGAGGCACCAUUUCCCAGCUUUACGUUAACCCCACACCCUGGAUGGAUUCUCAAAAGCCCCGGCCACAGUGAACCCAUCCACUCAGACUAUCUUUUGUCGAUGCAAGCCUUUUCAGUGUUUCAAAUGGUCCACAAAAUAUAAAGCCAGUGUUGUAAGCUGAUCCGAAAAGCGAAUCAAGCAGGGUGAAGUUACGAAAAUUAUUAAAAUGCAUGUCUGUGACACAAAAUGUUGCGUCAUUCUUCAGUUUC